AUGCGAUCGUUCACGCAUUCCAGCUGGUCGCUUUGCUUGCUCACCGCCUCUGCCUUCGCUGGUAUCAUUCCAUCACCGAGCGGAUAUGAGGCGGAUGUCUYAACUAGUAACUGUGGAAAAGCCUGUUCAGAACUUGCUCAACUGCUUCCAGGCAAGAUUGUCUUUCCGAAUGACUCCAGCAACUAUACGCUCGAACAAUCCGGCUUCUGGUCCGUUCAACAGAGCUCGGCGGCACCAGCAUGUUUUAUAACGCCAGAGACCGCCCAAGAUGUUGCCGUUGUCGUCAAGACUGCGAAAUCCACAAGUUGUCCCUUUGCCAUCAAGGGAGGUGGCCACACCGCCUUUGCGGCCGCGUCGAGCAUCCAGGAUGGCGUAUCGAUCGAUAUGAGGAAGAUUAACGAGGUGACUCCUAGUGAAGACGAUUCCGUGGUAAGAACAGGUGCCGGUAAUCGAUGGGAAAACGUCUACAAGAUGUUGGCAGCCUACAACCUUACAGUCAUCGGAGGUCGCAUGGGUGGCGUUGGUGUUGGUGGGUAUACCUUGGGAGGUGGACUUGCGUAUUUCAGCGGGUCGUACGGACUUGCCUGCGAUAAUGUGAAGAACUACGAGGUGGUUCUGGCCAAUGGAACUAUUCGCGAUGUUAGUCAGGAAUCGGAUCCGGACCUGUACUGGGCUCUGAGGGGUGGAGGUAAUAACUUUGCGGUCGUUACGCGGUACGACCUUGAUGCGUAUCCCAUUCGAGACUUUUGGGCUGGGGGCCUCAGCUUCAAUAUUUCGGAGACAGACAGGCUGGUAGAAUCCUACUWCUACCUUGGACUCGCGACGGAAAGGGAUUACAAGGCAACAAGCUGGUUUGCGAUGCCAUAUAUCCCAGCUUUGAAGCAGCCUAUCAUUAAUAUGCUCCCGGUGUACAUGGACCCAGCUGCGGUCUCUGCCGAAUCUACCGUCUCCACUGCAGAAGCCAUCUUCGCAAACUUUACCUCUGCAACGCCUCUCAUUAACGACAUUAUGAUUGGAAACGUGUCCAGGAUUGCCGCCACAGCCGACGAUGAUUUCGCUGGGUUCAGAAAUACCUGGUGGGCAUUCAGCAUUAAGCUCAACCUUGAAUACAUGAACAUCAUGGCACACCGCUGGCUGGACUGGGACAAGACCCUCCUCACCGGUCUUUCCAGCUUCAACUAUCAAAUUCUUAGCAGCCAUGCGCUUGAGCAGACUGAGAGGAGAGGUGGUAAUCCUUUGGGCCUAAAGAAGGAGGAUGGACCGCUGGUGAUUGUGAACAUCACGCCGAAAUGGGAGGAUCCUGCGUCUGAUGCGGAAAUCUUUGCAAGGACGCAACAGUUCGUGGAGGAGGCGGUAAAGCUUGCCAAGGAGAUGGAUAUCUGGCACCAGUAUGUGUAUCUCAACUACGCGGCGAAGGAGCAGGGGGUGCUGGCAACUUACGGCCAGGAGAAUCUGGAGCGGCUGAGAUCUGUUGCGAGAGAGUAUGAUCCUGAAGGCGUCUUCCAGAAACUCGUGCCGGGAGGACAUAAGCUGUGGCAAUAG